AUGAGCUUUGGGGAGAGUGCGGCAGUGUUCAAAGCCAGAGCAAAGGACAUUGGCCUUAGCGAUGCAAGCUUUGCAAAGCUCGAGGGCGAGGGGCUCACGACUAUGGCCUCGUUCGCCUUCUGUUGUCACUUCAACCCAUCGGCCAGUGACGAAAAACCCUUGGUGGAGCUUGUGACUAAGGUCCUCGGGGCCCCGCCCUCCUUGAAGGAGAUGAGCUGCUUCCGCCGCCUGUUCGCGGAAGCGUACGCCACCGUGGCGUCAGACAUCCGAGCACAGGUAGAAAUGACGGACGAGUCCGCCGUCAAAAAACUAGCUCCAGCGGACCGAGCCGAGAGACUCAGGGAACAACAGGGCCGUCUGGCCGGCUUGGUUCUCAAGGGCCACCAUGAACCAGGAGACAGCCUGGUCGACAGGGCUGUCGGCAUCUAUGAAGCCGACCGGCUUCAAUACAUAGAAUGGCAACAUGCCGUGAGCCGACAACACGAACUUAUGUCGGGUCUUAAGAAAGACCAAUCUCUGGCGCUCGACAGCUCCGGAGCCCUGAAGAUGCAGACCAAGGUCGCGGUCCAGACUUGUGAUGUUUCCUCAGACAUGUUCGUUCGCUACGCGUUGGUCCGCCGUGGGCUGGCGCUUGAGCAAGCGAACAUCUUAGCGUUCAAGCUGCAUGAUGAGCUUCUGGAAAAGUAUAUGCACUACCGUAUGAUGGAGCCGCCCCCAUCUUAUGCUCGCGUUUGCUUGAAACAGAUCGAGCAGGCAGACAAGCAGUUCUUCCUCCUGCUGGCAGAACACACCAGAGAUGGGAUAAAGGUCAAGGCUGGGAAGCGCCCAUGCGACGAAGCCUUCAAGACCGUUUUGUCUUCGGCCGAGUUCCUUGCCAUGCUCCAUCCCCGCCCCCUCGCAGUGCACGCGGGAGGCUCUGGGAAUGCAGACGAGGAAAAGGGGCCCCCUUUGAAGAGGCCUCGGAAAGGUCCGGGCAAGGGCAAGGGCAAGGGGGGAGCCAAGGGCUCCGCCAAUGGCCGCGUCCCGGCCGAGCUGCUGGCCAUGGGUUGUGUGAGUGCCACACCGAAGGGACACGCCUUAUGCUUUGACUAUUCGCUUGGGAAGUGCACCCGUACAGCGAAGCAUCAAAGGUGUGAACGAGGACUUCACCUUUGUGCGGUGAAAAACUGUCACCGAGGGCAUGCCGCAAAGGACUGCCCAAACAAGGCGGUAGGUGCCGCCGAUGAGGCGAUUCUUGAUCCGGAGCCUGCAGGCGACAAUGACCGCCCAGACAAUUCUUCCUGUUUUCCACCUGAACCACCGCUGAAGGUGGCCAAGCUGGGCGACCCGGUCGCGCCUGGCAUGCAAUUCUCCACGGUGGCGGUGUUUCGCAAUCUACGCUCACCCUUGCAUCAGGACUCCUUUAACAGCAGUGUCCCAAAUAUCAUCGCCCCCUUAAGCCAUUUCCAAGGUGGCGAGGUGUUCGUGGAGCACCCAGACGGGCAGGACUCCGAGGUCCUUGAGGGCACUACUCAUGCCGGCUUCCGGUUGAAUGUCUCCGAGAGUUGCUGGGCGUUCGACGCGAAACAUUGCAAGCGCUUGAAGCCUGCCAUAGGUCGUAUGAAUCGUGCUUGCCCAGGCUGCGCCUCGCAUGAGCCCUGGGGUUUGACCGCCACUAAUGAGUGGUCCACCGCACAAGAGGCCGCACAUCCCACUCCCCUGUGCCAUGCGCUGUGUGAUGUCUUUGAGCACGUGGCGCAUCAACGCCAGCAGCCCUUAGGCGCUGCCCAGCCCGUUCUGGCUCGGGCUCACCGCCAGCCUCGGGGACGCCUGCGGCCACAGGUCGUGUCGGAGUAUGCUUCUGUUGUGUCAUGCACGUUACCGCAUCUCCCUUCACUGAACGGCAAGCGUUGCCUGACCCGAUCUUUGCCCAAGGUCCCCGCAGGGAGCAAGCUUUUGCGUGCCGAGAAUAGGGGGGAUAAAGGUGUAUUUUGUGUGUUCGGGGUUUUCAGGGACUUCGUCGAGUUCGUCGAAGAAGCAAGCAGGCUCUUCCACCCGUUCGAUUCGCUCGCCCAGCUCCCUGACUACUUGACCAGGAGCUUGUUCGAACAACUCGUCAGCUCGCCGACCGACUUGUGCAAAGCGCGGCUCCUCAAGAUGCAACGAUGGCGUGACAGAGCAAAAGAACUAGAGCCAUUCGAAGCCAAAUUGCGUGAGGCCAUGCACCCUCAAGUGAGGCAAGUGCUAGCGGGCAAGCGGCUAUGCCUUCUUGAAGAAAUGGCCAAGGACAUACAGUGGCCCGACACUGAGCUGUUUGCUGAGAUCCGCUCGGGGUUUAGGUUAGUGGGUUGCCUGAAGCCUUCAGGAGUGUUUCGAGUCGGUGGAGCGCUUGGUGCCUUGAGCGAGGAUGAGCUGAUGCAACAGUCCGCCGUCCGCAAGGCGGAUCUCUUGAGCAAAAUCGCCCAAGCCAAGGUAGACGAAAAUGCGCAGCAGCUCUUUGAUGUGACUAUGGAAGAAGCCAAGCAGAAACACUGGCUAGAAGGCCCCUACACUCCCCAAGAAGUGGAUCAGAUGUUCCAGCGCUGGUUACCGGUCAGACGGUUUGCAGUGGUACAGCGGGGGAAGCUGCGCCCGAUAGACGACUUCAAAGAAUCCCUCGUCAAUAUCGCGUGCAGCACCUCCGAGAAGAUCGUGCUUCAGGCGCUCGACCACAUCAUCUGGUCGUUAACCGUGUUGGCUCAUUUCUACCGCGAUCGAGGAGCUGUUGACUUCACCCUGUCUUCUGGCGAGAGGCUUGUGGGUCAUGUUCAUAAGGAGUGGGCUAUGGUCAAGGCCACUGUUCCGCUUGAGGUGGCUACCCUUGACCUAAAAUCGGCCUAUAAGCAACUCGCUCUGCAUCCACUCGAUUAUGACAAGAGCGUCGUGACGCUCAAAGACCCGAGUUCGGGUAGCGUCACAUGCUUUCUGAUGAGGACCUUGCCUUUCGGGGCUCUUGCAAGCGUUCAUCACUUCCUAAGGGUCAGCUUCUUACUGCACGCCAUAGGAUGUAGUUUUGGGGUGUCCUGGGCCGCUUACUGUGACGACUUCCCGAUGGUUUCACAUGCCACUGUGUCGACUUCGACAGCCGCGACCAUUAAAGCCUUCUUGAAAAUGGUCGGGUUUUCUUUCGCCCCAGAAAAGUGCACGGAUUUUUCGCAGCAGGUAGAUGUUUUGGGUGUCACGCUAGAUGUUAGUGACUCCGCGUGCGGCUUAGUGAAGAUCCGCAAUAAGCAGAGCCGAUGUGAGGAGCUCGCCGAAGCAUUAAAAACCGCGCUCGAAGCCAAGGCCCUCGUCCCCUGCGAGUUGCCGUCCUUCAUAGGGAAGCUGCAGUAUGCGGAUGCACAGAUUUGGGGGAGAGUAGACCACACCUCUCGCCUGCCGGCUCAGCUGGCCCUGACCUAA